CAGGAAGAGAUUGCAGUGAAUCCCCGAUCGACCUCCUUCUACAAAGCGAUGACACUGUCACUCGGUGCCGUGCUGAUCUUGGACAAAGAUGCGACGCCCUUCACCAGGAUUUGGUGCUGCUUCGAAGAAAGCAUAGCAGUCGAAGAGAGAAAGACAGGAACGCCUCUACUGCUCGAUGUGGCUGCGACUGACUCCUCUAAUCAGGCGUAUGUGAUCACUGAUGGCCUGGCAGCCGCAGAGGCACGUCAGAUGCCCCUGCUGGGUUUUUUGGCGAAAUCCUUGCGAGAAGCCAACUUUCCCACUUUGCUCGCACAGAAGGGGCUUGGCAUUGACAUUUCGAAGGCCAAAGCCAGCCAAGCAGAAGACAAGACCCGCAUCCUCAAUUGCAUCAGAAUGCCACAUGCAAGGACAAAGGAGCUAACCGAAGUGGCGCCACUUCAAGAUCGAAAUUAUUUCGCUGUGAACCAGGCGCUUGCAGCACAUUUUGCCUUGGCUUUGUGGUUUGGCUUCGUUGCGCAGGGCCAUGACACCAAUGACCUUCUAAGAGCCCUGGCGGCUGACAGCUCAAGACACGUGGUCGAACUGAGUUUCACGGGCUGCCGUGGCUUCACGAACGACUCGCUGCGGCAGCUGCUGCGUCACUUGCCGAGGCAGUUGCGUACGCUUCGCUUGGAUUUGGGCUUCAGCGGGAUCGAAUCAUGGGACUUCGAGGAGAUGCCUCCGCUAGAGCAGCUCACCCUGCGGUUCACAGGCUCCAGGUUGGCAGAUGUGUCAGGCUUGCCGCGGAUGCUUGACACAGAGCACCGCUUGGCGCAGUCUCUGCGAUCUUUGCAUCUAUGGUUCUCCAACCUGCCGUCCUUGGUGGAGCUGGGCUCAUGGGAGCCGCUUGCAAAGCUGCAACUGGAAGAAUUGGUUUUACAACUCGACCACUGUGGCCAAGUUCUUCCUGAAGCAAAACAGUCGUUGUAUGACUGUGUCAAACGACUGAAGAGUUCUCAGAGAGGAUUGGACCUUCGAUUGAUGAUUGAGGGAGUCACUGAACUGUCCUGGCAUUCCUGGUGGCGGCCUGGAUGUCAGCAAGCUAUCCAGGAGGUGGAGCUGGCUGAUAGCAAGGCAGUGGACCACGUGGAUAUUGACGACAGCUCUGAAUCUGGGUCCGCUACAUGCGCUCCUUUUCCUUGCAGCCACAGCAGCUGCAAUGAAUUCCAUGAAAACAUGCAUGGCUUUUGCAAUAAGCAUCGGCUACGGCGGCACUCUUGGAAACUGGCAUCUUGUUGCCAGACAGCUUGGCAUUGGACCGAGCUCAUCUUACUCUUUGCAAUGCAGGCCGCCUCAGAGAUUGAGCGCCCGAUAGCCCUUGCUGCCAUCCUCCUCUCACUGUACCCUGUGGCGUGCUUGUCAAUGGAGGAGUCUGUGGGAGUUCCAUGGGCGGUGACGUGCACUUCGUUGGGGGCUACAGUGCUUUGCAGCCUGGUGACCACCAGCCUUCGCCUAGACCGAAUGAGAGUCCAGGCGUUGAAUUUGUGCUUGGCGACUGAAACAAGUUAUUCGCAGGUGCUGCAGCUGCCCGACAGUCCUUCCAUGGCCAUGGGCAGUUCGUUUCCCGCGCAGAAACUCCACAGUCUUCAAGUUCCUACGGUUCCUACCAUGGGCUGUGGCUUUGCAGAUCCACGAGACCUCCGUCAACAAAGCAGUGAUUUGAGUGAGAUAUUCCUUGGUGCUCAACGACACCUCCAUUUGCUUCGGAAAGCAAUGAAUUUGGCACUGCCCGAUGCUACAGUGAAGAUGAAGCUGCUGACAUCUUUGAGCGACGAAGAGCAGCAAAGCCCUCAAAAAGUGGUGGAUGCGCUCCAAUGCAAAUUGAUCUGCAAAAACAUGCUGGAUGUGCAGCAGUCCUUCAAUGGCCUCAAGGACAGAAUCAACAGCGAAGAAGUUUCGUCUUUGCGGAUUGCAGCUGUCCGGGACACUUUUGCAGAGAUGAAUGAAUCUUCCUGCCACAAGUGCUGCCAGGUCGUCCUGGAGGUGGACAAUUACUACGCUUCCGUUUUUCUGAUGGAUUUCAAUCUCACCAGGCUGGAGAAUCAGCGCAGCGAUGUAACCAAGUUGGCCGAGCACUUUGGCCUGCUGGAUGAUUUCAUCUCGAAGUGGGAAACUUCAAUGAGGUUGCGCAACUAUGUGCCGGACAUGCGCAGACCAUUGGUGUUUGCAGGGACAACCUUAUUGCAAAUUGUGUCUUUGGUGGUAUCCCUUUUCAUGGCUGUGCAGUAUUUCCUUCGCUAUGCUGACAGGAUCCGUUCGCACCUGCCUGGCUUUUUGUUGGAUGCCUUGCUGUUGGACAGGGAGGAGUCCGGUGAGACUAUCCUGCAGGCCACAUGUCUCGCACUGCCCUAUCUGGUCUUGGUGGUAGUUUUUAUACAGCAGUUGCGGCGCUGGAAGAUUGGCAAGAAGAGGCCCCAACCUACUCAGGUGCUCUAUGAAAAAUAUUUCGGACUGCGCGGGACCUACUAUCCGGUCAAAGUGGCUGUAUUGCAAGGUUUCACCGUUCUGGUGCAAGCCUUUGGGAAAAUCUCUUUGCUGAGUGGCCUCGUCACCUUUGCCCAACACAAAGCAGAUGCGAGCGCGAUCCGCUUGCUCACGGCGGGUUUUUGGAUGUUCUUCGUCCUGCUCUGUUGGAACAGCGUUUAUCCCCUGGUGCUUUUGGUUUUUCCGACUCCCUGGACUCGGAUCGGAGCUGCGCUCACCGAUGCAGUCCUUGAUCUUGGAUACAUUUUGACAUAUUUGGGCAUGGUCUUGGUAGCCAUGCUCCGAUUGCAAACAGCGUCAGAUGCUUGGGGUAAUUUUGGCGAAGAUCUGACGUUGAGCUUCAGCAAUCGCAUCAGCCCAGUGUUCGCCUUUCCCACUGACUUUUUGGGAUAUGCUGCUGUCUAUACUAACUUGGCCCAUGCUUGCUGCGUUGCACAUGUUUUGCAACGGACCAACUGGAACUUGCCAGUGCAAAGCAGGAGCCAACGGCAACAACACAAGUGCCUUCCAAGACUCUUUGGAGCUUUUCUCUCCAUGGGGCUUCUAGUCAUGCUGACAGUUCUCGUCAUCAAACAGGAAGGCUUUCCAAUGACCCACGGAAAGAACAUGAAGUGCUUUCCGUGCCAGUGCUCUAAAAGUGCUGGCUCAGAUGGCCUACAAGUUUACAGCUGUUCACUUGCUGCCGUCCUCCGCCAACAACAGGUGAACCUGGCGGGAAAGAACAUCACAUCCAUCGAUCCAAAAGCUUUGAGCUCAUUGGGCUGCCGCCUGCAGCGCCUCUCCUUGUCGAACAACACUUUGAUCCACUUGCCUCCGAACCUCUUCGCAGGUCUCGGAUGCUUAGAGCAACUCGACUUGACGCGGACGAAGCUGCAAGAGCUGCACGACGAUGCCUUCAGAGGCUUGGAGAAGCUAAAACUGUUGACCAUGAGUGACAACGAGCUGUCGCACCUCUCGGCCAUGGUCCUGAGACAAAUGCCCCUCUUGGAACAGCUCCUCUUGGGCGGCAAAAGCGACGAGAAGACUCACCGCCGCAUCGUUGAGGGCAACCGCAUCACGGAGCUCGGAGCCAUCUUCGGUCACAAUGCGGCCCUGCAGGUCAUAGACUUCAGCGAAAACCAAUUGAUGCAGAUUGACGCAGCAGCCUUUUCUGGACUGCGCGCGCUCAAGACAUUGAAAUUGCGUUCUAACAAGAUGAUCACCAUUCCUGCAGUCCAGGGCCUGGCCAAGCUGCAGACACUCGAAUUGUAUGGCAACAAGAUCAGCAGGCUUUCC